GGUGCCCGGGCUGGCGCGGCGGCUCCCGCGCUCGGCGCUCGCGCCCUGCCCCCCGGCCGCCCCCCGCCGCCCCGCCCGGCCGCGGGGAGGGGGCGGCGGAGCAGCGGGGCCGUCUCUGCCUCCGGCUGCGGGUAGGUCGGCGGCGGAUAACGUGACACGCGGGGCCGCCUCUGCCUCCGGCUGCGGGAUCCUGGGGAAGCCAAUGCCCAGGUUAGAGAACUGCACCUGGAGCUGUUCCUGCACUGCCAGGGGAAGGCAUAAAAACCACCUGGGGGACACUGCUGCUGGGCUGGCCGCCAAGGUGGGCGACAUGCUGAACUCCUCUGUCUCCAGCUCCUCGCUGGCUCUGGUGGGUCAUGGUGCACGGAGCCCCAGCACCUCCAGUGUCAGCAGUAAUACCAGUAGCAGUAGCACCUUGAACUUGAGUCAACACCUCGUGCAGAGGAGCCUGGUCCUCUUUGUUGUCGGCGCUUUCAUGGCGUUGGUGCUGAACUUGCUGCAGAUCCAGAGAAAUGUGACUCUAUUCCCCGAGGAAGUCAUUUCCACUAUCUUCCCCUCUGCCUGGUGGGUGCCCCCUUGCUGCGGGACAGCUGCAGCUGUUGUUGGCCUGCUGUAUCCCUGCAUUGACAGCCACCUUGGAGAACCACACAAAUUCAAGAGGGAGUGGGCCAGCGUAAUGCGAUGUAUAGCAGUUUUCGUUGGCAUUAAUCAUGCAAGUGCUAAACUAGAUUUUGCAAACAACGUCCAGCUCUCCUUGACUCUAGCAGCCUUGUCACUGGGCCUUUGGUGGACAUUUGAUCGUUCAAGAAGUGGUCUCGGACUUGGAAUUACAAUAGCCUUUGUAGCAACUCUGAUAACCCAGUUUCUUGUAUAUAAUGGUGUUUAUCAGUAUACAUCCCCGGAUUUUCUUUACAUCCGUUCUUGGCUUCCAUGUAUAUUUUUCUCAGGAGGUGUGACUGUAGGAAACAUAGGACGCCAACUGGCUAUGGGUAUUCCAGAGAAACCACACAAUGACUAAAUCUUUGGAGGAGAGGGCAUGAUGCCAGUGUGAAAACAACAUUAAGAAGAUGUGUUCCUGUUUUAAAUUGAAGAUUAUUUAGAAAAAAUAAUCUCUGUAUGGGCUCACUGCACAAAUGACUUGUGAAAAAAAUUAAUCCACUCUUAGAAUAGCCAAGUGAAAUUAACUGCUUAUCUUGAAAUCUUACCCUGAUUUACUGCAUAAGCAUUUUGCAUAUGGCUGUUCUCUGGAAGAAUUUAACACCAAGUUACGUACAGCUGUUCAGGCUAAGUGGCAGUUUUCCAAGUGUUAGACUCCAAUGUAAGUUAUUGAAGCAGCUGCCAUAUUUUAAAACCUUGAAACUAAAAUUUAAUUACAAGCUCUUGUACCAGUGCCCAAAGGAAGUAGAUUGAUGGUGCUUAACAAUGAUGAAGUAUGGUUUAAUAGGAAUAGUAUUUAUCCAAAUCUUUUAAAAAUAGGGUUAUUUAAAAAUAAGAGUGAUCGAAAUAGAUUAAAGGCAUUGCAUUAAUGCUUUUAAGAGUCUUGUGAAGGAAUCAUGCCUUUACUUGUAAUGCUGCAUGGCAUUUCUCUGUCUUUGGUGGGAGAGGGGGUUGGAGGGAGGAAAGUUUUAAGUCCUGGAGUUCGGAAUUUCUAAAUUACUUUAGUACGAUAGGUGAAUACUCGACAAUCUUACUCUAAAGUGAACUGUAACUAUCAGGAAAUUCUGACUUGAAACUGAAUUUCUUCUGAAGCUUGCAGUAAGACUUGAGAAGAUCUAAUUCUGUCCCCAGUUCAGCAAGAGACUCAAGUGUAUGAGAGUAUUCCUGCUUAAAGUUAGAUGUAUGCUUUAGGAUCUUACUGAGAUAGGUCUUCAGGCAUAUUAGAUGUCUGGUAUCUCUGAAAAAACAAGUACUGCAGAUGCUUAUGGCCAUUGAGUAUGUGCCUCCAACUGUUUAAGUCAAAAAGAUUUGGAAUUUCCUCCUAAAAGUAUCUCUGAUCUUGCUUCUCUUUGAGUCAGGGCUUUGACUGAAUUGAUUGGAAACAGAGAUAGGACUAAAAUGUGAUUUAAAAUGUAUGUCAACAAUAGUAAUAGCAAACAAGUUGUUUUCUCUGCUCAGCUUCUGAAAGAGAUCACUAUUUGUUUUUUCACAACCCUAUAGAACUUGCAAUCUGUGAUUGCCUUGUAAAAAGAAGAGUGCUUAUGUCACUACAUUAAACAUUUGGUGUUUCUUAAUACUUAGUUCUGGUGAGCACAAUUCAUUUGAUAGCUUAGACCACCAUAGACCUAAAUAGCAAGUAUUAGGUCUUAAAAUUAAAGUGCAAUGUACAGUAAAUCUGAGCCUUAUAUUCUCUUCAAUAUUCAUUGUUUCUUAUGAGAGAUUAAAGAGAAAAGGGUUCUGAGUUCAUUUCAAUGCUGCAUGGAAUCAAAUGGAGCAAUAAUUUAUUUAACUAGGAAAGCUAGUUUUGUUGUAUCUUUCACUGAACGCAAAUUUUUAGAAAUACUCCAAUUUUGUGGUUAUGGUGUACUUGUAAACUUUUAUGGAUAUGCCUUUUGUAUUAUGCAUUUUUUUCUUCAUUUCCAAUCUUACAUGGCUUCAGAUACAGUUAGAGGCAUCUGUUAAAGACUGACCCAUCAAAAGAAGAUCUAAAGGCAAGGUGGCAGUAUUCUGGCUACAUUUGCUCUUUGAGGGGAAUGCAAUAACUAUAUGCUAUAUAUAUGAUUUUUAUAUAUAUAUAAAAAAAGGAAAAGUUUAGCACAAAACCUAAGUUAAAAAGCAGACCCUAAUUCUAAUCUAUUUGGUGUAAAUCAAGAGUAAUUUCCUUGGUAUAAGAUCCUUCCUCAAAUGUUUAAAACAUAAAUAAUCACAUUUUGUAGGACUGCUUGAAGAGAUUAGGUCCUCAGAUCAGGACUGGAUCAGCUCAGCCAUUUUAAGAAGUAUGCUACUUGGUGGGGAAACAGUUUUGUAACCAACUUAAAACCAAUUGCAAAGCCCUAUAAUGCCAGAUGGAAGUAAAGAUAACAGUGAUCUCUACAUAUAUUUGAUUGACAGGUAUUUAAGAUUUAUUUGUAAAGACUGAAACUAAAUCUGUAUGUGUUACAAAUAAUACAGCCAAAAAUGUAAGUCAGAAGUUCAUUUUUUGCCAAUACUUGUAAGUAUAUGAACCAAAGUGAUUUAAGUUUGGAAGAGGUGGGAGGGGAGUGAAGAAAAUUUGCACUAUUCUGAGUUUGAACACUUAAAUUCUCAUUCUUACUGGUAAGUUUUCAGCAGUGUGUUUGGUUUUACACUUUUUUUACUAUUAAAGUUUUAAGACCAAGUAA